GCACGCGUCAAUCUGCAUACAGGUAAUAUGGAUAGCUAGCGGCGGCUCCAACUCAACAAGCUCAGCACCUUCCAGGCUUCCACCAAAACCCAAUCCACCAUUUCGCCGACAGCGCACACUAAUUGCUCUUGUUCACUCUUUCUCGCACAUCUUCUUUAACCUCGGCUUGUAUUCCUCUCGGAAGUCAUUUUAAUUGCGUCUGUCUGUCUCUCUUUCGUGAUAUCUCUCUGUGAAUUUGCUGCUUUCUCUAGAAGCGGGCGCGCAGACGGAGGAGGGGGCGGAGGAGAUAAUACUAUAAUAGGAAUGGAGUCGACAGAGUCUUCUUACGUUUCCUCUCCGGAGGCACCGCGGAAGCGAUCUCCGCCGCCUCCCAAAUCGCCAACCUCAGAUUCUAUGGAGAAACCUACAUACAUCAGGUUUCUUGUGUCAAAUGCUGCAGCUGGUUCUGUUAUUGGAAAGGGUGGCUCAACAAUAACAGAUUUUCAGUCACAAUCUGGAGCGCGUAUUCAGUUGUCACGCAACCAGGAAUUUUUCCCAGGGACAACUGAUAGGAUUAUUAUGAUAUCUGGAACCAUUAAUGACGUACUCAAGGCUGUAGAACUCAUUCUUGCCAAAUUUCUGAGUGAGAUUCAUGCUGAAGGAGGUGAUGAUGUUGAUCCAAGAACAAAAGUGAGGCUCAUUGUUCCAAACAGCUCAUGCGGUGGCAUAAUUGGGAAGGGGGGUUCCACCAUUAAGUCAUUUAUCGAAGACUCACAAGCUGGCAUUAAGAUAUCUCCUCUGGAUAAUAAUUAUUAUGGUUUGAAUGAUAGACUAGUGACACUUACUGGAAAUCUAGAUGAACAGAUGCGGGCUAUUGAUUUGAUUAUUUCUAAGCUAGCUGAAGACCCUCAUUACUCCCAGUCCAUGAAUACCCCAUUUUCAUAUCCAGGUGUUUCCUUCUCCGGUUUUCAUGGUACUCCACAUACAUAUGUGCUUCCUUCUGUUGCAACAGCACCCCAGAAUACAAUGAGCUAUGGACCAAAUGGAGCUGGAGGGAAGUUUCAGAGCAACAAGGAGGAUCGCAGCAAUUCAGUGACUAUUGGCGUUGCAGAUGAUCAUAUUGGGUUGGUUGUUGGUCGUGGUGGAAGAAAUGUAAUGGAAAUCAGCCAGGUUACUGGGGCUAGAAUAAAGAUAUCAGAUAGAGGUGAUUUUGUACCUGGGACGACUAAUAGAAAAGUAACAAUCUCAGGGUCACACAGAGCAAUAAGUGCAGCCGAGUCCAUGAUAAUGCAGAAGGUGGCCUAUGCUUCUGAGAGGGUGAUUGACUAGUUUUAAAACAUUCCUGUUCAGAAUUCAUGUUAAGAACGUUCUGGUGGACCUUCCUGCAAUUUCCUAAUACCUUUGGUCCUCAUUAAAACAAAAGAAAAGAACAGGGGCUGUUGAAAUAUGUUCUCAUAUGAUGAUAUAAGUUGGAAGAAAUUUGCAUAAUUUAGUAGGAGCAAGAGCGGGAAAUCUUCUUGUUGAGAGAGAUCAUUUAUUGGUAACUUGUGUGAGGUUAAGGAUGUUUUUUUUUUUUUUUUAAUCUGGAAGAACAUGUUGAAAGAAGCCAUAAUUCAUUGACCAUAUAGAAUGAUCAGCUUUACUUACAGUUUUAAACUA